CGGACAGCCGCAGCCAUGGCGACACCCUCCUCUCGCCCCCGUCUCCUUCCCCUCAUGCGCCGCGCCAUCAAGAUAAGGCGGCCCCGGGGCCCGGGUGCCCUCCCACAGCCGUGCCCCCCGCUGCCCAGCGCCCAGGUGGACGCCGGACCCCACGACUUUUCCCCGGAGGAGCGGGCACAGCUGUACGAAGAGGCGCUGUACACCGUCCUGCACCGGCUGGGCAGGCCCGAGCCCCACCACGUCGCCCAACUGGACGAGCUCUUUCGCUACCUGCAGGCGGCCUUUCACACGGAGCCUGAAGAACACAGGCAGCUGCUCCAGCGGGUUCAGGAGCUUGAGAAGCCUGUGCUGUGUUUAAAGGCCACGGUGAAGCAGGCCAAAGGCAUUCUAGGAAAGGAUGUCAGCGGGUUCAGCGACCCGUACUGCCUGCUGGGCAUCGAGGGGCGGGGGGCCCCCGGGUCAGAGGGCAGCCCCGGGCCCCAGCGGCGCCGGCAGAAGGCCGUGGUGAGAAACACCAUCCCUGAGGACCAGACCCACCGCACCCAAGUCAUCAACCAGACCCUCUGCCCCGUCUGGGAAGAGACCUUCAUCCUGGAGUUUGAGGAUGUAAACAGCUCCAGUUUCCACCUGGACAUGUGGGACGCAGACGAGGUGGAGUCGGUGCGGCAGAAGUUAGGCGAGCUGACGGACUUGCACGGCCUCCGCAGGAUUUUCAAGGAGGCUCGGAAGGACAAGGGGCAGGACGACUUCCUGGGGAAUGUGGUCCUGAGGUUGCAGGACCUGCGUUGCCGAGAGGACCAGUGGUACCCGCUGGAGCCCCGGACGGAGACAUACCCGGACCGAGGGCAGUGCCACCUGCAGUUCCUGCUCAUCCACAAGCGGAGGGCCACCACGCUGAGCCGCAGUCAGCCCAGCUACACGGUGCACCGCUGGCUCCUGCAGCAGUUCGUCUCCCACGAAGUCACCCAACACCAGGCCAGUACCUCCUGGGACGGGGAGCUGAGCGCUCAGGCCUCCACCAUCCUCUUCCUCCACGCCACGCAGAAAGACCUGUCCGACUUUCACCAGGCCAUGGCGCAGUGGCUGGCAUACAGCCGGCUGUACCAGAGCCUGGAGUUCCCCGGCAGCUGUCUGCUGCACCCCAUCACCAGCAUCGAGUACCAGUGGAUCCAGGGCCGCCUCAAACCCGAGCAGCAGGCCGAGCUGGCCACCUCCUUCAGCUCAUUGCUGGCCUACGGGCUCCGCCUGCUGCGGAAGCUUCGCGACAUCUUCCCUCUCUCGGCCCCCGGCUCCCCUGCCCGGCUCCAGUCCCUGCUCAGGGUCCUGGUGCAGAUGUGCAAGAUGAAGGCGUAUGGGGAGCUUUGCCCGGACAGUGCCCCCCUCCCCGAAUUGGUCACUGAUGCGCUGCGGGUGGGCACCCGGGAGUGGUUCCACAUGCAGCAGCAUCAGCCCAUGACCCAGGAUGUGCAGGAGACGGGCAAGGCGGUGCUGAGCCUGGUUCUGGAGGUCACCGGGGCCCUGCAGCAGACCCUGCGCACCUGGAGCAAAGUCUUCAGCAACACCCUGAAGAUCGACAUCUUCUCUAUAACCUUCCUCGAGCUCCAGGAGCAGGUGGCCCAGCAAGUGCGGGAGUACGUGUCCGCGGCCGGCCGCCAGCUGUCCCCGGAGGUCGGGGAGAACCUCUUCCAGCUCUACAUCAGCCUCAAGGAGCUGCACCAGCUGGGUGAACACCUGCCCCACAGGGACAGCCCCCUGGCCCUGGAUGGCUUCCAGCGUUGGUUCCAGCCGGCCCUCCCCUCCUGGCUGCAGAAGACCUACAGCGUGGCCCUGGCCCGGCUGCAGCGGGCCGUGCAGAUGGACACGCUGGUGCCCCUGGGCGAGCUCAGCAAGCACAGCACGUCGGCCGUGGAUCUGUCCACCUGCUUCGCCCAGAUCGGCCGCACGGCCCAGCAGCUGGACUGGCCGGACCCCGAGGAAGCCUUCGUGAUCACGGUCAAGUUUGUCGAGGACACCUGUAAGCUGGCCCUGGUGUACUGCAGCCUGGUCAAGGCCCGGGCCCGGGAGCUUUCCGACGGCCACAAGGACCAGGGGGAGGCGGCCAACAUGCUGUGCGUGGUGGUGAACAACAUGGAGCAGCUGCGGCUGGUGGUCCUCCGGCUGCCCGCCCAGCUGCGGUGGGAGGAGCUGGAGCGGCGGACGGAGGCCGUGCUGGAGCCAGGGCAGCUGCAGCACACCCUGCACGCCCAGCUGCGGGGAGCCCUGGCCGGGCUGGACCACGAGAUCCGCAGCGGCGUCCACACGCUGGCCCAGGAGCUGGAGGUUGGCAUCGCCAAGCACAUUCAGAAGCUGCUGAGCUCCAGUGAGGGGACCCUACCCGAGGACGCCAUCCUGCCCCUGAUGAAGUUCCUGGAGGCGGAGCUGCAGUACAUGAAUGGGAACCUGGUGCAGGAGAACUUCAACAGCCUCCUGGAGCUGCUCUGGUCUCACACGCUGACGGUGCUGACGGGCGCCGCCUUCCAGCCCCAUCCGCCCUCUGCCUACCGCAAGCUGUUCGCUGCCCUCAAGAACCUGGCGCUCUGCUUCCACGGCGAGGGCUGCGGCCUGCCCGUCCAACAGCUGCACACCACCCCCUUCCACGUCCUGCAGGAGGAACUGGAGCUGCGGGCGGCCUCCAGCCACGAACUGAUCCGGCGCUACUUCAGCGGCCGCAUCCGGCAGCAGCUGGCCGUGACCUCGGAGGAGUUUGGGGCCAUCACGGUCAAGGUGUCGUACCGGCCGGCGGAGCAGAAACUGCGGGUGGAAGUGCUCAGCGCCGUCAACCUGCUGCCCCUGGAUUCUGACGGCUCCAGCGAUCCCUUCGUGCAGCUGACCCUGGAGCCCCGCCACGCCUUCCCGGAGGUGGCUCUGCGCCAGACCCAGUGCCGCAAAAAGGAGCUGCAUCCCCUGUUUGAUGAGGCCUUUGAGUUCCUGGUGCCCACAGAGCCGUGCCAACGGCCAGGGGCCUGUCUGCUGCUCACCGUGCUGGACCACGACACGCUGGGGUCCGACGACCUGGAGGGAGAGGCCUUCCUGCCUCUGAGCUCUGUGCCCGGGCUCGGGGGGGCCUCAGAGUCCGGCCCCGUGCCCCAGACCCGCCUGCCCCUCACUCGUCCCAGCCCUAGCGGUGACCCGAUCCUGAAGCUACUGGAGAGUCGGAAGGGCGACCGGGAAGCCCAGGCCUUUGUCAAGCUACGACGGCAACGGGCCAAGCAGGCCCGGUAGCGGGCGGCUCGGACCCUGCUGGGCGGAAGGUGGAAGCGGCAGAGGCCUGGCGGUGGACUCACGGUGGGCGAGCACUCAGCCGGAGAUGGUGCAGCUUGGCCCGGCCCGGACACGGAGGAGCCCCUUGCCAGGUUCCGCAUUCACCCUGGGCCCUGCUGCAUGAGCGGGGUGGAGCUGUGCAGGGGACCAGUUUUAGGUUGUUGCCGGGCAGUGGAGCCUCAGCUGCCCACUGUGUCAGAUCUGGGGAGGGGUGUGGUGCCCCCCAAUGCCCCCGUCCUCUCUCCUCUCACACGGCCCCCCACCCCAAUCAGACACAGGGCCCGCUGCUUUUUCUUAGCAAAAAAAUAAAAAUUUAUUGUCCUCUUAAAAAAUCCA